AUGUGUCCUUGUUAGAAUUACUAAACUCUGCAGAUUUUUUUUGAAAAAGUCUUAAUAAUAACAAUCCUAAACAAUCCUAAUUAUUAAGAGUGAAAUCAGUUGAAGUGGGUGGAACUUCUAAGUAAACAGAAUUCUGUCUUAAGAUGUAUGUUUUAUUUUAUUCUACUGCUUAGAGUCUUUCAGAUCAGUUCUUGGUUGGCAUUUAUUGAAAUUUUUAAUCAACUGUCUGUUUGUGAAUAACAAUUAAAAUUAAUCUUGUUUUUAUUUCUUAUGGACACCUUUUUGCUGAAGGUUUAGAUUUAUAAUUUUAAAUCCUUCUCUUAUCCAAUUCAGUUAAAGAUUCUACUGGUUACCGUACAGUGAAAGCAGUGUGACUGCAUUGCUAAAUAAAUAAAACUAAAUAAGUAUGUACUGUUACAGCAAUAAACAAGGAUGCAAAUUUAAAUUGGACUAAAUUCCAUUGUACUAAGAUCAUCUGAGUAACCAUUUAGAAAACCAACCAGGCUAUCAGAACAUGCUCUUUUAGAUGUCAGUCUAUUUAACAUUCAUUAAACAACUUUGGUCCAAUCUGAUGGGAGAUUGUGUGAAGGCUAAAUAGGCCAAGUGCCACUUUCACCAGAAGAGAGGGUGUGUUGUUUGGUGCACGUAACGUGCCUUUCAAUUGUUUUUCUGAAGGACAUUUGGACACCAUGACAGUCACCCUUGUAUGUGAUCCCUCAGAAGCAAUGGAGCUGUGUGCAUCUCAACAGCUUUACCUUAAGCCAGUUGCGAAACUGACAAUCAGUGUGGUGCUUCCAGAACACACUGGAUCUACCCGGGCAUUCUCUAAGUGGGAGGUGAUGGACAAGCUGAAGAACAUGAUCUGCCCAGACCAGUUCACCAGCGUGAAGGUUUCAAAGAGCACCAAGGGCUUCAUUCGCUUUGAAGGAGAGGCUGAAACCAAGCGUUUGGUCUGCAGCCUGAAGGAAAAACUCCACGGCAAGAUGAUAAAGCUGAAUGGUUUUAAGGAUGACUUGCAGGUUGUGGCUACUGAAGCGCCUCCCGAUUGCCCACCUUCUCAGGACUUAGCGCCCAACGCAAAAAGCCGAAAACUGCUGGAGGACGAGGAAAGCCAGGUGGUUUCUGACUGUCUGCAUUUGGAAGGGCUGCCCUGCAAAUGGUUUGCCCUCAAGGGUUCAGAUAGUGAGACCCCAAGUGAGGACGUCUUGAGAGCGGCAUUUGGGAGCUUUGGGAAGAUCAAGAACGUAGAUAUCCCCAUGCUUGAUCCAUACAGGGAAGAAGUGGUGGGAGGAAGCACAAAUAAUUUCAUUUUUCGUGGUCUGCGGACAUUCGAAGCUUUUGUCCAGUAUCAAGAGUCCAAGUCAUUUACAAGAGCCAUGGAGACACUCAGGGGCAUGAAGCUGAUGUUUAAGGGGGAUGACGGAAAAGCUCUCGCGUGUAACAUCAAGGUGACAUCUGAUACUACUAGUCAUUUCAGUGAGAAUGCUAUAAAACAGAGAACCCUAGAAAGAUUAACUCUGCAAGGUCUAGAGCGAGAAAGAAAGAGAGAGGAAAACAGAGGGAGAAAAGGGACGGAAAGAAAAAGACGAGACGACGAUGACAAAAAAGUUGGGGAAGGAAAAAGGAAGUCUAAGAUCAAGAGGCGAGAAAAAAGGCAGAUAGAUCGGGACGAGAAACGGCCCCGGAAGCAUCUGAAAGUAACAGCUGGAGAAGAAUUGUGGUCAGAAAACAUGCCUGAAUGGGAGGAGAGGAAAUACCUUCUGGCUCAGAGGAGGGUGGAAUCGAUCAGACUUCUUACCGUGCUGCUAAGCCAAAUAAAAAACUUUGUGCUGUCCCCUGGGCAAAUACGGGCGCAUCUGCCAGAUCCUGAAAGUGAAAGGGAGGAGAACUUCUCUGCAACUCCAAUCGAGGAUGCGCUAAAGGAGGAGACGAAUUCACCUUAUCUUGAGCACCAAGAACCGGAGGAUGAGAGUCAGCCUGCAUGCCAUCCAGUCCUGUUUGAUAAUGCCCCUAUUGAAGAAGGGGAAGAGGAGCAGUUCCUUGCUGCAGAUUUGCAUCUAUCCCCUUCUCCCUUCAUGAGAACUGUUUUGAAUGAGCCACUUGCCAGGGAGGUCACCAGCCACUCAACGGAGAAUGUUACAGACGGCUUUCCUGCUGCUGGCUUGCUACAGGUCACGGUCACUCAGGACUGCAAAGCGGUUGAGUCAUCGCCUGACAGGUGGGAUUACCUGAGACCCAAUUUGGGGUCCUUUGCAGAUGCUUCUGAUGCAACCAAGUGUAAAAAGCAAAAGGUUUAUGAAACAGAGGAAUUCAUACAUUACUUGCUGAACUACUACCAAACCCCCAGAUACGCACGGAUCUGUCCAAGGGCACAAAGCCCAUCAGAUACGUCUUGGUGGCAGAGGGUGGUAUCCUGUUACGGAGACGGCUUUCAGAUCAACCUAAAGAGUAAAGAUGAGGAGUGUUGGACGGAAGGGGGUUUAGGAUCAGAUCUCUCUGAAAACAACCCUCAAGCUGAUGAUGAUGACAGUUGGGAAGCAAUUGAUGAAGGGCCUGAACCUGCAGAGAUCACGCCUGAAGACCAGGCAUGUCCUCAAGAGUUCAGCGAAAGUUACCAGGGAGAAUGGGAGGAUUCGCUGGAUGAGGCCAGUGACGGCUCCCCGCCAGACAGGUUGCAUAGUCCUAUCCCAGGAAGCCGCAGUACCGCUCACAACAAAAUGCCACAAGAAGAGAAUACUGACAUGACGGUGAUGUCAUCCCCCAAGCCCUUUGGCCAUAUGUAUAAACUGAAAGAUUUACUGGAAGAGAUUAGCAGCGAUUCUGAAUAUUUUAGCGAGGCGCUUAAUGAGUCCCGGAACUCAUCCGAACGAAGAAAUGGUGGCUGCCAAGGCAGCUGCAAGACAUGGCCUCUCCGCCAGCAAAAGGCGAAGGAACUCUUGAUACGCGUCCAGAACGUUGCCUGUGGUGAUCAAGAUGGUAGAUGCAGCACACGCAGCUUCUGCUCCAGCACAGAGUGCUGUGGCUCCGCUCUGCUCCCUGGGCAGAGGCCCAAGACGAGGUUCAAGAGGUCCAGCAGCAAACUAUGGUACGAAGAGCAAAAACCCAAAUGGUCGUCUAGUGAAGAGGAGAGAGACAGCAGCAGGAAGAAGAAGAAGAAAAAGAAAAGGUCCUCCGAUAGCUCCUUCCUGGAUGAUGAACCUCAGUUCCUUAAAACAAACCACUGCAGAGACCUGGACUCCUUCAGCAAGAUACAGAGAAAAUGUAGCAGGAUCAUCCAUCAGAAGAUGAAAUGUAAGACGCUUCAGGCCAUGGGAGGAGCAGUAAAAAUGAAAGACGUUAUCCAUCUGAGUGCCUCCCCGCUACCAGAAGCUCACCAAGUGCCAGGUAAGGGGAAGGUGGACAUUGGCGGGAGAAGGCAUAAAGCAGAAGAACGGCAGAGACUUUCCAAGGGCAUGGUAGAAAGGUGAUGAAGAGGGCAGCUCAGGGAGGUGGUAGAAAUGGUGGGAUGUACAGAUGGAGGAGGGCGACACCCAAAGAACUUGGUGGCUAAGCGGUCAGCUUUGCUAGCACUGUGAGAAGUGGCUGGCAACUCCUGCAACAGAGCCUUCUUAACUCUUGAGUUCUCUUGCCAUUCUCCCCUGCUUGGUAGGGGCCUUCCUGUUGAGAAGAGAGCUGGAAACCGUUUCUGAAGGAUGGCCUCUGUUUCCUGUUGAAAUAGCCUAGCUCAGUCCGUGCCUGGAAUCCGUCUGCAGAGCAGACCUUGGAAGCUAAUUUGGUUGGCCCUGAUGGAUGGUGGGGAUCUUGAAACGAUUCAAGUAGAAGCUCACAUUAGGUCAUUUUAUACAGCCCUUUAAAGAGCUUCACUGUAGAGCCUGAGCUUUGAUCAUACUGACUUGGGCCAAUUUGUUGUUUUGCUUUUUUAGCUUUUGCGGGGCCGUGGCUCCUCUGCAUGCUGGAAAAGAGAGAGCAGCAUGGUCAAACAUUCUUAGCUUCAAAAAAAAAUAGGUGGCAAAUGUCAGUUACUGGAGUUGAUGUCUGUAUAAACAGGGACCAUUUAUAUUUAUAUAUAUAUAUAUAUAUAAAUAUAUUAUACAGAAAAGUGUGCUUUAAGCUAUAGCGAUUGGACUGCUGAGUCUUUCAGCUGAGUUAACUAGAUGGCCCU